UUUUCUCAGAAAGAUAGAAAGAGAACCGAAAGCCCAUCUUCUUCCAGUUGCCACCAACACGCAGCAGUUUAACAGCAAACGAGCAAUAACAGUCGAUAGAAAGUAAAAUGAGCGAGCAGAAUGCAGAGAAGAGAUAUGAUCCGGAAGACACCACUCUUAAAUUUGUCAACAGACCAGAUGACUUAGACCCGCUUCCACCUGAGGACGGGGACGAGCAGCUCAGUGCGGAGAUGUCUUGCGGUCACGCCGUCAAGCCAGAAUCUCUGACCGGGUGGUGUCGCAGUUUGCUGGACCAGGGCCAGUACACAUUUAAGUGCCCUGCACCCACGGAGGGCACGGAGCAGUGUGGUGCCGAGUGGCCCUACACAGAGGUCCGCCGGCUGGCCGCACUGACCGCAGAAGAGAUGCUGGACUUUGAAAUGAAAUUGGGCCGUCUAGCCGCCGCACGGUUUUGUGACUUUAAAGCAUGCCCUGGCUGUAAAACCUACGUGGAAAGAGAAGCGUUAGACAAUCUCUGUUUCCGCUGCACUAUCUGUAAAGGAAGCGGUAAGCCCACCAAGCAGUUCUGCUGGCAGUGUCUGAAGCCGUGGAAGGGGAGGGCGCCGCGCAGCGACCGCUGUGACAACGACGACUGCUCGGACAAGGAUCUGGAGCUGCUGAAAGGGUGUGGCACCAUCACGAUGUCCCAGGUGGCGGGGGUGGGGCCUGUCCCUUCCAUCAGGGCCUGCCCCACCUGUGGCUUAAAGGUGGAGCACGACAAGACCGGCUGCAAGAACAUCCUGUGCCCACGCUGCAAGGUGGAGUUCUGCUUCGUGUGUCUGAAGCUCACCGGGCAGUGCCUUCAGACCAGCUGCUAUUUCAUAGCCUGCAGCAGCGGCAUCGCACCGAGGCAGACCGCCAUGCCAAUAUGGAAGAGAUAAUAACGGUGUAUUUGAUUUAUCAUUCAUGUUGUCGACACUGCGCCUUAUAAGAUUGUUAUGACAAUAAAAAAUAAAUUGGAAUGGUAUGGUG